CUUAAUGUUGUUCACAAUACCAAAUAAAAACAAAGAGUAAAAAGACAAAAAUAUGGGUAGCAUGGCUGAAAAAUGGGAAGAACUUGGUGGGAAAAACAAUUGGAAUGGGUUAUUGAACCCCUUGGCUGUUGAUCUUCGUAAAUAUAUCAUCCAUUACGGAGAAUUGGCUCAGGCAACUUAUGACACUUUCAUCAUGGAGAGAGCAUCCAAAUAUGCAGGAGCUAGCAGAUACUCGAUGGAAAAUUUCUUUACUAAAGUUGGACUUGACCCAAACAAGUAUCGCGUUACCAAAUUUUUCUAUGCUACCUCAUCCAUUCCUCUUCCCGAUGGUUUCAUCGUGAAAUCAUUUUCAAGAGAAGCAUGGAGUAAGGAAUCAAAUUUCAUGGGAUACAUUGCUGUGGCUACUGAUGAGGGUAAAGCUUCACUAGGAAGGAGGGACAUUGUGGUUAAUUGGAGAGGAACUAUACAGAAGAUGGAGUGGGUUAAUGACCUUCAAUUUUUACUCAUCCCAGCACCCAAAAUUUUUGGUGCUGGAGGUUUGCUUCCUUUGUUUAAACCUUUGGUGCAUCAUGGCUUCUAUAAUGUUUAUACAUCAGCAAGUUCACGAUCACAGUUUAAUAAAACUAGUGUCAGAGACCAGGUGAUCAAAGAAGUGAAAAGAUUGGUUGAGGAAUAUAAGGAUGAAGAGGUGAGCAUAACUGUGACGGGACAUAGCCUAGGUGCAUCACUUGCAACUAUGAAUGCAGUUGACAUAGCUUUCAAUAAAAUCAACAAAGCAAGUAACGGCAAGGAGUUUCCAGUGACUGCUUUUGCAUUCGCAAGUCCUAAAGUUGGAGAUAUCCAAUUUAAGGCAACAUUUGACAAACUGAAGCAUCUUCAUAUCUUGAGGAUUCACAACUUAUUGGAUAUUGUACCAAAGUAUCCACCUAUUGGAUAUUUUGACGUUGGGAAGGAGCUAAUGAUUGAUACAACAAAAUCUCCCUAUGUGAAACCUCCUGGAGAAAAUGUUAGCUGGCAUUUGUUGGAGCCAUACUUGCAUGGAGUUGCUGGCACUCAAGGUUUAGGACUUUUUGCAGGUUUUAAACUAGAGGUGAAUCGUGAUAUUUCACUUGUUAAUAAGCAGUGGAACAUACUGAAAGACGAAUAUUGUAUUCCUGGGAUGUGGUGGGUUGAGAAAAACAAAGGAAUGGUCCAACAAGAAGAUGGAUCUUGGCUUAUGUUGGAUCGCGAUGAAUAUGACUUCUAAGGGACCUAAAUAAUGUGGCUUUGUUUUCUUUUGUGUAAUGUUUGAAUAAAAGGAUUUCGAAAGCUGUUUGGAAAAUCACAUCCUAUAUUAUAUUAUAUAGGAGUAUUUAUGUAGGUACUAUAUUUGAUUCCUCUUAUCAUAGAGGACAUAUUUGUAUGUUGAUAUAUUUCUUUUAAUGUUUGAUAUGAGUUCUUUUA